ACCCGAACGAGAGAGAGCCGUGUGCCAGACCAACCUAGAACCGGCGGCACCAAUCCUCUAUCUGUAGACGGGAUUCAACCACAAACACCUCCAAGGACAAGACUUCAUUUCAGGGAGACACCGGGAUCAGUAGAGGAUCUGCCUUUUGUGAGAUCACUCGGCUUUGUCCCCUAUUCCUUGCAGUGACACCCUUGUGAAAAUGGGGUGAUUGCUUUCUUUCAUCAUCCAGUUAACUAACCUUGAGCAAGCCCAGGGCGGCACACCUCCUGAUGUCAGAAGAUUCAGACUCCAAGCCCUAUCGCUUCCCGGUUCUGGAGGACCAGGAUGGAGCCUCAGGCAGCAGAGCGUCCAGCUCAUGCAGCUCUGUGCCAAGGGGGGCCUCAGGGUGCAGCUCCAUGGCACAGCUGCACAGGAUGGGUGGCUAUAGCCAAGGUGGGCCUGAUCUAGGCCUCCCCUCAGAGGGCAGCGACAGCAGCGGCCAGGACCCUCCCGCUUCCCCGCACAAUCAUCGCAAGAACACCCGCUCCCGCUCGCUUCCGGAGGAGGACGUGGAGAUGAAGAGCAGUGGUUCUAGUGGGAGUGGUACCGAAUCCCAUGGCAAUGAAAGCCACGGCAACGAGAGUCAUGGCAACGAGAGUCACGGUCAUGACUCAUCGGGCAGCUCCAAUGGCAACAGCAAAGAUUCCGCUCUGCUGGAAUCUUCUGAAAGCAACAAGAGCUCAAACUCCCACAGUCCAUCUCCUCCUGGCAGUUCAAAUGCUUUCAGUCUGCUGAGCUCAGAGCAGGACAACCCCUCGACCAGCGGUUGCAGUAGUCAGGAGUCCGCCAAAGCCAAGACCCAGAAGGAGGUGAUUAAAACACUGAAAGAACUGAAGCUUCACCUGCCUGCUGAGAAGAGACACAAUAACAAGUCCUCCACGCUGAACACCCUCAAAUAUGCACUGCGCUGUGUCAAACAGGUGGAAGCCAAUGAGGAGUAUUACCAGCUUCUGAUGAUCAAUGACUGUCAACCUUCAGGCCUGGAUGUAUCUUCCUAUACAAUAGAAGAAAUAGACAGUAUUACUUCUGAAUACACCCUCAAAAACAAUGACAUUUUUGCAGUGGCAGUGUCCCUCAUCACAGGAAGGAUCGUCUACAUUUCUGAUCAGGCUGCCUCCAUCCUCAACUGCAAAAGAGACGUGUUCAAGAACACCAAGUUUGUGGAGUUCCUUACACCGCAGGAUGUUAGUGUGUUUUACAGCUUCACGACGCCUUACCGGCUGCCCUCCUGGAGCAUGUGCACUGGAGCAGAGUCAUCUCCACCUGACUGCAUGCAGGAGAAAUCCUUCUUCUGUCGUAUCAGUGGUGGUAGGGAUUGUGAGGGUGACCUGCAGUACUAUCCGUUCCGCAUGACACCCUACCUGAUGAAGGUCCAAGACACAGUACAUGCGGAAGACCAGUUCUGCUGCCUCCUCCUGGCUGAGAGGGUUCACUCUGGUUAUGAUGCACCAAGAAUUCCAACGGAUAAGCGCAUCUUCACCACCACACACACUCCGAGCUGUGUUUUCCAGGAUGUAGAUGAGAGGGCUGUUCCUCUCCUUGGGUACCUCCCCCAGGACCUGAUUGGCACACCAGUCCUCCUCCACCUGCAUCCCAAUGACCGCCCGAUUAUGCUGGCCAUUCACAGAAAGAUCCUUCAGUAUGCAGGGCAGCCAUUUGACCACUCAUCUAUCCGAUUCUGUGCACGAAACGGAGAAUACAUCAUCUUAGACACCAGCUGGUCCAGUUUUGUCAACCCCUGGAGCCGCAAAGUCUCAUUUGUCAUUGGGAGACACAAAGUCCGCAUGGGCCCUGUGAAUGAAGAUGUUUUCGUGGCCCCGCCCUCCUCUGUUGCUGAGAUGAAGGCCAUGGAUUCUGGCAUCCAGGAAAUUACUGAACAAAUCCACCGCCUCCUUCUGCAGCCGGUUCAUAACAGUGGGUCCAGUGGCUAUGGUAGUCUGAAGAGCAAUGACCACCUUCUGGGCAUGUCCUCCUCCAGUGAGAGCCUAAAUAAGAGCACGAUACGACGAGAGGAGGAGGAAGUGAUCUGCAAAGCCAGACCCCGAACCUUUCAAGAAAUCUGCAAGGGAAUUCAUCUUCAGAAGAGCCAGGAACAGCAGACAACUAAAACAGAAAACAAGAAAAGCAAUGGCAUAGAGUCUCUACAGAAGAGCCCAGCGGUGGUGCGGCCCAAAGACUCGGCCGCUCCACUCAACUGGAGGGAGACUGGGUCGACUAUGGAUGAGAGUAGGGCAUCUUUCCAGGAGGAGCUGGCCUUCAAUGAUCAGUCUGUCUACUCCUACCAGCAGAUCAGCUGUUUGGACAGUGUCAUCAGGUAUUUGGAGAGCUGUAAUGUUCCCAUCACCAUGAAGAGGAAGUGUCAGUCUUCCUCUAACACCACCUCCUCUAACUCAGAUGAGGACAAACAGAAAGGAUCCAACAACAUGCAAGUGUCUGAAGAACCAGCCUUGUUGAAGGAUCAGUCUGGUCUCUCCGCUUUGGAUGAUCGAGACAAAAAGUCCAGUGACGCAGCCACAGCGGUAGUGGGCACUUCGCUGCCCCUACCUGUACCUAACAAACCAGAAAGUGUGGUGUCCAUCACCAGUCAGUGUAGCUACAGUAGCACUAUAGUGCAUGUUGGGGACAAGAAACCUCAACCAGAGUCAGAGAUCAUAGAGGAUGUACCAGGAACAGGAGAGACUGCAGAAUCCAAUCAGAACGCCGGGGUUCCUCCUUGUGCAGUUUCACCUCCCAGUCAGGAGAAGGAGUCCUACAAGAAACUGGGGUUGACCAAACAGGUUUUGGCAGCCCAUACGCAGAAGGAGGAGCAAGCCUUUCUGUAUCGCUUCAGAGAGCUUCGUGGACUCACAACACACAAAGCAAACUGCUCUCAGUACCUGGAGCGCCAGAGGGAACAGACAGCCAGCGAUGCUGUACCUGCUGGUCGAUUCUGCAAGCAGGGUGGACCAGGUGCAGAGCCCACGACGCGCCGAGGUACGCGGAAUAAGAAAACCAAGUCGAAGCGAGCCAAGCAGAUCGAGUCCUCGGACAGCACUGUGUCCCAUCACAGACAACAGCAGCUGCGGCCUCCUCUCCUAAACCAUGGCCUUAACCCAACAUCUUGGUCUCCCUCUGACACCUCACAGUCCACUUUUCCCAUGGCCUACCCUGCUGUGAUGCCAGGCUACCCCCUCCAGGUUUACCCUAGAGCCAGUUCCAUAGCUGCCCGCACAGACGCCACUCUUACAGGCUUCGGGGACAACCCAAGCCAAGCCCCACCUUGCCCCCCAUCCAUCCAUCCUGCUCCCUACACUGCACCCUUGGUCACCCCCAUUGUGGCUCUAGUUCUGCCCAACUAUAUGUACUCUCCAAUGGCUCCGGGGCCUCCGCCAUCACAGCCAGUGUACCAUGCAGAGACUGGGGGCUUUCUUGCCCAGACCCAGCAUUUUGGACAGGCUGCCUUUCCAGCCCAGGGCACCUUCAUGGCUCAACCUUCCUUUGGUGUUCAGAAUCAGUUCAUCUCCCAAAACCACUUUGCUCCUCAAGCAGGUUACCUGAACCCACCUUACUGCGUCCCUCCAUCUUCGGAAAUCCCAAAGCCCCCCAUGGAGGGCCAGUCUCGCUCCUCAACGCCACAGUCUGGAGGAGCUGGGGGCCAGGCAUCCCCACCUUUGUUCCAGUCUGGCUGCAGCUCACCCCUCAACCUUCUGGAGCUGGAGCUGUCUGUGGACAGGCAGGACAGUACAGUGUUGCCCUCUGGAGGACAAGGGAAUAAUACAACUGAAAGGGAGAAAGGAGCAAGUGGCAACCAGGCCAAGGAGAGGGAACUGAAGCAGCCAUCUCUCAGUCUCCUUGGUCCACCUGGACCCUUGUAUUGCGAAGGUACGCCCUGUGUCUGUGAGCGUUUGUCUUGGGAUAAAGUGUGCUCUAGACUGAGGGCUUACAGCAAAGAGGCAAGCUCACGCGGUGACGGGAACAACAGUGAUGCCAACUCUUCGUCCAGCGACAUGUUGGACAUUAUUCUCCACGAGGACUCUUGUUCAGGCACAGGCUCGGCCACCUCGGGGUCCAUGGGCUCAGGGUCCAACGGCUGUGGAACUUCAGCCAGUGGGACGUCCAACAGUGGCACGUCUAAGAGCAGGACGUCAGCCAGUGGAGCCUCGGCUAGUGGAACCUCCGGCAGCGGAGCAGGAAGCAACAACAGUAGUAAGUACUUUGGCAGCGUGGACUCGUCCCAGAACAGCCAGAAGGUCAAAGGUCACUUGAGCAGCAGCGAGGGAAGGCCCAUGGAGAUGGAGCAGAGCGAACACUUCAUCAAGUAUGUACUGCAGGACCCGCUGUGGCUGCUCAUGGCCAACACAGAUGACAAGGUCAUGAUGACCUAUCAGCUGCCCUCGCGUGACAUCCAGAGAGUGCUCAGAGAGGACAGAGAGAAGCUGAAGCUGCUGCAGAAGAGUCAGCCGCGCUUUUCAGAGGAGCAGAAGAAGGAGCUGAUUGAGGUCCACCCCUGGAUCAAGAAGGGAGGUCUACCCAAGGCCAUAGAUAUCAAGGUGUGCUCCUGCUGUGAUACAGCCUCAGAGGCAGCAGCAGUAGCAGCAGCAGCAGCAGCAGCAGCAGCAGCAUCAGCAGAGGAUCAGCCGGACCUGGACAUUGGUGAUACAGAGACGGACGAAGUCGGUUGCCCACAGAGGCCCAGAGAAGAGUCUUCGAACACUGUCGCCAUCUCCUGCCACGGCCCUCCUCCUGGCUCCAGCUCUCAGAUGCAGCCAGCCAGACAAUGAACUGCUCAUGGUUUUCAGAGUGACUGCCAUUACCCACCAGCCCGUUGUUCUCCACAACUGUGACGAGCAACGUUUGAAGAGGGACCUGCUUUACAUAAAGCAUCAUACAGACCCUUUGCUCUUCACAAAAAAUUCUUCAUUACUGUCUCUGUCUUGCUGUUUUAUGGGUUGUACAUUUUAAGAUGCCAGGGUUCAAACUGGCUCAAACAGUCAAGACUUUUUAAAAAAAAUGUGAAUAUAUGUUAUGGACAUUAAAUUACAUUUUAUUUUAUUUUAUUUUAUUUUAUUUUAAUACACUUAAAAGCUGCACCAGGCAGGAUUUUUUUUUUUUUUUUUUGGUGCUUGCAGGGGUUGCUGGGCUCUGUGACUGAGUAUGCUCUUUCAUUUGUUUCAUAUGUAGCACUUACUGAUACGCAACACUAAGGUGAAGACUUUUAUGCACUGACAAAGAGAUGCAGAGCCGAAUAAGGGAAAUAAAAUAUAUCCACUUACACCAGACAGCACUGCUGAGGUCAAACACCAAACAAGAGGAGACUGCUUCAUUCACACGCCAGGAUGUGGCUCAGUAGUGUACUAGCUAUGACGGAUUUCAAUCACUUUAUUUCCUCUAUUUCAACACUACGUUACGUCAACAUGUGGCAAGAACAGGUGCCGUAUUUUGACAUAGUUUCAUUCACUCCUGUCACAAGUGCACUUUGCGGGCUACACUGGAAGAAGAGAAAAAACAUGACAGAGACGGCUGUAUGUCCGCUGCGUUUGCUCAGAUUUGUUUCUGAUGUUGCAUAAAGUGUUGUCAGUGAACAGGCACGGACUCAACCGCAGUGUCUGAAGUUUUUCACCUCCUCCGUCCUCACCUGUGGUGGACGACAUACUCAGAACCUACCUCAAAUAAAAGUGGUUAAAAUCACAAUGCAAAGAUGCAUCCUGCAUCCAAAAUGUUUGCUUAAGUAAAAGAACAGAAGUAUCAUCAGCAUAUACUUGAAGUAUCACAAAUGCGAUUUGUGCAGAAAGACCCAUUUCAGAAUUUUAUAUUGAAUUAUUAAAGAGUUUAUUUUUAUUGAUGCAGCAACAAGUAAGCAGCAUUUUGUAGCUGGUCACUGCCAGGCCAUGUGUUCCUUAUGUUAUAUACUUUUAGGCAGUUUAAUUGACGACAAUAUAUCAUAUUUGUUAUCAUAUUUCAUGCUAUAACUCUGAUCCCCAGGCAUGAUGGAGGUGGUGAAAACACUGAGAAAAUAAAAGACAAUCAGAUGCAACACAUCCUAUAAGCUCCAAAUACUCACCAGCCCAACUUGUAAUAAAAUUUUUGAGGGAAAAUUAAAAUAAUUAAAUGACGUUUAACAAUUAAAUUUCCCCUCUCUCAAACAUUUAGAGCAGCCUGUAAUGCAGCUUUAAGUUUUCAUUCAUUUUGCAUAAUCUCAUGCAUCAGUUUCGUGGCAUUUCUUUCGAUAUCAGCUGUGAAACCUUUCACUGACUUUUAUUUCUCAGAUGCCUCUCAUUUAUAGAAACAGAUUAUUUAAUGCAGUCCAGUGCUUGUGUGAAUGUUUGUAAGUCCUUGAGCAUAUAUAUAUAAUGCCACCUAUAUAUAUACACACACACACACAUACAUAUAUUUUUUUUUAACAUACGUGUUUCUGUAUAAACAUUUAUGUGUUUUUAAGUUAUGACGGAAAACCCAGCUUAAAAAGCAAGCAGGACCAAGAGUAAUAACAUUUACUGUAAAUGCUAUGUUAAUAGUAUUUAAAUGUGAGUUGUGUAAUCGACAUUAGGACAAUUCCCACCAUGAACUGGAAAAUACCAGAGUAGUAUGCUGUUCAUGGUGGGUGGCAAAUAAAAAGCUGAAGAGAAUAUUUGAUGUUUUCCCCAGUUUAAAAGUGUGCCAUAUGACACUUGAACUGGUCUGAUGUUGCCCCUCAUAAAUAUGGAGAAGAGCAUCCUGUGGAAGCGACUGAAGCUCAUUACCGUUCAGAACAAACGUGUGGUCACUUCAGAAGUCAGAUUUUAGGGUUAUUGCACGGGUAUAAAGCAGCUCAGACAGAUGUCAGGUGACUGUGUGGAGAGUUUUCCUUUACUUUGAAGCUCAUGCUGUAAAUUGGAGGAGAGGAAGGUGCUCUUUCUCUGCGACUUGAAUAUUUCCUGAAUUUGUCAUUUGUCUUUCUGUUAUGUGAACAGACACUGACAGCAAUGCACCUUUUACCUUUUAUUAUGUUUCUUUUUUCCCUUUCCUUGUUUUUAUUCUGCUAUGUUGGUUAAAUUUUCUCAAAAUAAAAUGUUGCCUAA